AUGGGGGACCAUCAUCACCGGCGGACCGGGAGGCUCGGGAGCCUCGCCAAGUCCCGGGUCUCCAAGGAGACGAAGCUCCGGCUGCGCGUGAUCUUUCUGGAUGACAGCGAGCGCACUUUCGAAGUGGAGCAAAAGGUUUUGGGUGGCGAGUUCUACAACAGAGUGUGUGGACAUCUGAAACUACUGGAGAAGGAAUACUUUGGACUGGAGUUUAGACACCACAGUGGCACCUAUGUCUGGUUAGAGCUCCUGAAGCCACUCGCCAAACAGAUUAAAUACACCAACGAUCUGUUCUUCAGGUUUAUAGUCAAGUUCUUCCCACCAGAUCCUGGACAGCUAAAGAGAGGCCUCACCAGGUAUCUGUUUGCCCUUCAGAUAAAGCAGGACCUGUCAAACGGCAGUCUGACCUGUAAUGACAACAGCGCCGCCCUGCUGGUCUCUCACAUACUGCAGUCAGAGCUUGGGGACUAUGACGACGAGUUGGACUGUCACCAUCUGGAGCUGAAGCAGUACGUCCCCAACCAGGAAUACCUGGACCACAAGAUCAUCAAGUUCCACAAGAGACACAGAGGUGUGUCUCCUGCAGACUCGGACAUCCACCUGCUGGAAGUGGCCAGGAAGUUGGACAUGUACGGCAUCCGGCCUCAUCCUGCACACGACGGAGAGGGAAUGAGGAUCAACCUGGCUGUCACACACUCUGGAGUACUGGUCUUUCAGGGAAACACCAAGAUCAACACGUUCAGCUGGGCCAAGAUCCGCAAACUGAGCUUCAAGCGGAAACACUUCCUCAUCAAACUACAUGACAAAGUCGGGCCGUCGCGUAAGGACACGGUGGAGUUCUCCAUGGCGAACCGCGACGUGUGUAAGUCGUUCUGGAAGAUGUGUGUGGAGUACCACGCCUUCUUCCGGCUGGCCGAGGAACCGCAGGCGACGCACAAAACUCUGCUGUCCUGCAAGGGCUCCAGCUUCAGAUACAGUGGACGGACCCAGAAACAGCUGCUGGAGUGUAUGGGGUCAGGGGAGAAGAGGCACACACACUUUGAGAGGACUUACUGUCAGUCGGACUACGAUCCCAGACAGUGUCGGUCCUCUCCGGAUCUCCUCACUGAUGUCUCCAAACAAAUAUAUGAGCACUGCCACCCGUUCCCUCGGUCAAAUCGGGUGCUGGUGGUCCGCAGUCAGGAUGAACUGGACCCACAUCCUGAUGAAGGUGAUGACAUAGAAAUCAGGGGAGGAGGGGCUAAACGCAGCCAAUCAGCCGUCGAGGUCACCCAGAGGUCCCGCCCCCUCUCCCAAGCCACCGCCCUCUCUCCGACGCUGCAGCAGUCGCUGCCCUCGCCUAAGAUGAGGUCCGCCUCCACGUCCGGGGUGGAGGAGACGAGGGGGGCGAGGACCGGGGCGCAGCGCCAAGCCCAACGGUUGGCUGGUAUCUAUGGCAACCGAUCACGGCGCCGGCCCAACCCUCAGCCCCACCCGGACGCGGCGCAGCAGUUGGUCCUCCUCUACCCCAACAGCCCCGCCUACCAGUACCACCCAGUCCUCCCGACAUUCCCAUUGGCUGGCUAUUCGCCGCUGAGCCGACACGCCUACCUGGCCGACCACGCGGCCGUUUCCUCGCUGGAGCGCUUCCCGCAGGCGAGGAGGCGCGACUACGUGACGAUGGAGAGCCUAUCACGGCCGUCGUUCUACCCGCUGAGCCACGAUCCGUCCUCGCUCUCGCUGCUCAGGAGGAGUCUCCGCCCCUCUGGCUCAGGCGGCCUGGCGUUGGCCAGAGGCUACCAGCCAGGAAGUAACGGCGCGAGGCUACUGGAUGUUGGACACACGGAGGCGGGGCAUUACAGCGACGACUCAAACUUCCUUCCAGGGCUGCCGCGCCGCGUCGCCAGCCAACCAGACGUCAAGUUCCACCUCUCGAGAAGCUCUAACCCCGCCUUCAACCCCGCCUCUGAGUUCCGUCCGCUCGGUUACUACCCCCACCUGACACGCCCGUCCAGACCCACCUACCUCCCGCUAAACUCCUCCCCUCUGCCCGAACGGCCCACCUCGCUGUGUGUGAUGGGCGGAGCCACAGGGAGCUACAGCGACUCAGACCCGGAGGUUUUCUACCCGUAUUACUGCCCGCCGCCGCCGCUGGGUAAGGUGGUGCGGUCCACCGGCCUGGCCAGGAUGAGGUUCUCCUCCGGGAGCCUCCAACUGGACGAGGAGGAGGAGGAGGAGGAGGGCGACGAGGAAGAAGGGCAGGAGGAGGAAAGAGAGAAGGAGGAGGCAAAAAAGGAGGAGAAGAGCGAAGAGGAGACGACUGAAGGAGAGGAGGCGAAGGGGGCGGCGAAGAUUACCAAGGUGACUUUGUAA